UCUCUCGUGCAACUCAAUGGCCUCAUAUUUAAAUGUUGUAUCAGCUUUUCAGAACCGUAAUUAUUGGUCUGGUAAUUACAAGAUGCCAUGGAAAAAUUCUAUUGAUGCAGAAGUUACAGCUCUUUUGAAAUAA